CAGCCCCGCCCCGCCCCGCCCCGCUCCAGUAUGUGGUUCAUCUGGACCAGCUUUUCAGCCCUUGUGUGUGUUUCCUUUGAGAGCUAGUCCCGUGUUUUAAACUUGUUGAGGAUCCUUUGGGUGAUCCAUACAUCCGGGCAGAAGUCUUAUUUGUUCUAGCCCAAAUGGCCUCGGCUUGGGUUGAAGAGGAGAGCUUUGCUUGCUCAGUUUGUUUGGAAACGCUAAAGGACCCCACCACUCUACCAUGUGGACACUCCUACUGCCUGACAUGUAUCCAGAAACACUGGGACAAGGGAGGCAGCAACGGUCCGUACACCUGCCCACAGUGUAGGCAGGUAUUUCACCCUCGGCCCUCACUGGCCAAGAGCACUUUACUUGCAGAAGCCAUGGAGAAACUGAGAACCAACAGCAUCAAGCGAGGUUCCUUCAAAGGAGAUUCCUCACCAUCAGAGCCUGUCUAUCUGGAGGUCCUGCCAGACAUUGGGCCCAGGAAGGGCAGUGUGUACCCUCAGCUCCCCUCAGUGGAAAUAAGACUUUGUCCUCAGCACAAGCAGCCACUCGACCGUUUUUGCCAUGAGGACCGGGAGUGUGUUUGUGUGGUCUGCUGCCAACAUGGACAUCAAGGACACCAUGUGCUUAAACCCCAAGAAGAAAGAAUGACGAGACAGAAGGAGCUUGUUCAGAUGCAGGGGGAGGUGCAGAGAAGGAUCCAGGAAUCUGAGAAGAUGCUCAAGGAGCUCCCACCUGCUUCUCGCCAACACAAGGCCUUGCUUCAGGCUCUGGAGAAGGAAAGUUCAGACUUGUUCCCUGAGCUUGUAAAGAUCUUGAAUUACACAGGAACUCAAGUUGGUGAGCUCCUCAAAACCCACGAGAUAGCCUUUUGCAGCCAAGUGGAAGGGCUGAUCCAGGGUCUUCAACAGGAGGUGGCACAGCUCCACUGGAGGAGUAAGGAGCUGAGCGGGCUGGCUGACAUGAAAGAUGAUGUCUGCUUCUUGAAGAAUUUCCUCACUACUGAGCCACUACAUCAGACAGGCAUCCCAGGAGAGUUGGUGCUGAGUCAACAAGAAGCCACGGUGGCCUCCAUCCGCUCCAUCCUGAGUGAGCUGCAGGAGUCGGUUCAGGAGCUCUGCAAAGUCAGUCUUGCUAAGAUUGGUAAAACAGUGAAUUAUGAGGCAGUGGGUUCAUCUCCCGUUGCUGUCGGAGGCGCAGGACCAGCACUCGCCUGUUAUUCUAGUCAGGCCACUCCACGAGACACAGUAUAUGAAGGCAUAAUAAGUCCUCCCCCGUUGCCUCCUCGCCCUCUAGCUUCAGCGCCUCCUCCUCCUCCUGACUUUCCCCUCCAACCUCAAGCAUCUGGACGGGCUGCUGGGCUUAGGAAUCCAGAGCCAAAGACAAGAGCAGACAUGUUAAAAUUCCGCUUUCAGCCUACCUUUGACCCCAACACUGUGUACCGCCACAUGAAGCUGUCAGAAGAUGGCCAUAAGGUCACAAUGCGUGCUGAGAAUCUCCACCCACCGGACCACCCUGAGCGCUUCCACUUCUGGAGACAAGUUCUCUGCAAAGAGCCGCUGGCAGGAAGUCCUUACUACUGGGAGGUGGAGUGGACUGGUCAGAAGAUCACCAUUGCUGUUGCUUACAAGGAAAUGAAGCGCAAAUCGUCUGAUGAUCAGAGCCGCCUGGGCCACAACGCUUUGUCCUGGAGCUUGUACUGGUCUGGAAAUGGCUUCUCAUUUUGGCAUAACAACCAGGAGACACUCCUGGGCUCCCCUAAAGCCAAGAGGAUCGGUGUGUAUCUGGACCAGCACGCUGGAGUUCUGAACUUCUACAACAUCAUCAACAACCAGGCUGUUCUCAUCCACCACUAUAAGACACAAUUCAAUGCUCCGCUGUACCCAGGAUUCCGGCUGUGGGCUGGGAUAGGAGAUACACUGACUGUCUGCCAACUAGACUGAGAUAGAGAAAUAGAUUUUGUUUAACUAGAUCCUGAGUGUUUGGAAGGAUUAAACAAUAAAGAAUAUGCCCUUGAAUGUCUUUUUGUUGCAUAAAAACAAAAUUAAUUGUAUUUAGACAUAUUCUUGGUGAACUAUCUACAUUGAUGCCACGCACACAUUCCAGAUUUUAUUAAAUCAAUAAACAUAAAUAAAUACA